AUGGAGGAAGAAAGAAGGAAGAGCACACCUGCCACCCCUCCUGGCCACAGGGGUAGUUUCAAGAACGGCUCGGCGGCGGCCAAGAGGAACAGCCUGCGCUGCUCGAGGGGCGCCUCCCUGGAGCUGGAGGACGAGGACUGCGGGCCGCCGCAGCCGCCGCAGCCGCCGCGGGUGCCGCACAAGUUCAUCGCCAACUGGCGCAGCGCCUGCGACCGCACGCGCGACAAGACCAAGGAGCUGCUGAAGCGCUGGCGCACCCUGCCCGAGGGGGGCGCGGAGCCGCUGUCGCACCCCGGCGAGGACUGCAAGGACGCGCACAGCCACGGCGGCUGGAGCGUGCACGUGUGGUCCACGUGGGUGCGGCGGUUCCCCAGCGAGGACGAAGAGGCGGCGGAGCGCGGCGCCAAGGAGAAAGACAGCCUGUCGCCGCUGCAGCGCCUCAAGCUCACGCACUUCUUCUCGCACCUCCUGGACUGGGACAAGGACGAGCUGAUAUCCGCGCAGGACUUCGAGGCCGUCAGCGAGCGCCUGCGCCACUUCGCCGACUGGUCGGACAGCUCGGCCGAGUUCCACGCGCUCAAGGAGGUGGAGCGCGGCUUCGUGGACGCCUUCGCGCGCGCCGGCCGCGCCUCGCACGGCGAGCUCGCCGCCUACGUGGAGGGCAUGGCGAGCCUGGACGAGUGGCUGCGGCGCUGGGGCGAGCUGCUGGGGCGAGCCUCGGGCCUCGCCGACCUGCCGCUGUGGCUGCAGUUCUUCUGCAAGGUCGUGUUCGCCGUCAUCAACCGGAGCGGUUCUGGAGUCAUAACCAGAGACGAGCUGCGAGUUUUCUACUCUUCCUUCCUCGGGUUCGACGUCCAGAGGGUCGGGGAAGUCCUCGACAUCGCUUACAACAACAUGACUUCAAAUGGAGACCACCAGCUGAGGUUCCACGUGUACCAACUGUGCUUCGCCAACUUCCUGCUGGGGCGCAACCCACACGGGCCGGGCCAGCUGCUGUUCGGGCCGUUCGAGGGCUGCCCGCCGCACUCCACCGCCUUCCCCGUCGACUACAGCGCCCUCAACUGCCCCGCCGACAAGCUGGAGCAGUACAGCCCGCACAGGCGCAGCAACCGCCUCUCCGUCAUCGUGUGAACCCCGCGUCAAGCCUUCUGUCCCUGCCCGAGCACGCCCGAACAUUCACCUUCGGCCAACACCUCGGGAUUCGUUUCAUUCUUGCGCAGGAAAAAAUGAAUUCAAAUAUUGAAAGUGGUCGGUUAGGUUAGCUACAUUAAAAAACUUUAAAACACUGUGGACGGUUAGUUAGGUUAGUAUAGCUACGUUAAAAUAAACAGAGAAAUAUAAAUAUAAAUAUAUAUAUAUAUAUAUAUAUAUAUAUAAAUGAACCCGAGGGUGGCCGAAGGAGAAUAUUCGGGCGUGUUCGGGCAGGGACAGAACUUGAUGUACAUCUUAGGCUUCCCGUGAACCCCGCGUCCUUCGUGCUCGGAUCACAGCAGCGCGACACACGACAACCAAAAAUAAAACGAUUGUACUAAACAUUUUCUUUGUUUCGUGCGCAUCAAACGUACGAUAGCCAUCAAUGCAAGCAGUUUUUUUUUAUGUGUAACAUCUUAGCUCUCGGUAUACGGCAUUUGGUGGGAGUAAUUUCCGUGAAUGGAACGGAAAUGUGUUACCACGGUGCUACCAGCUGAGCUGAAUGGCGCGAACCAAAGUUCAAAAACGACAAAGGGAAACUUUAUAGUACCGACUGUUUAACGAAUUUUAACAACAAUUUUCGAAAAUCAGGUCUAGAGCCGGGAUUUAGAUUUUUUUCAAGUCUUUUUCGCUUUUAUCUGAGCCAUCUCAUUAUAUAUUUUUAACCUUUCGCUCUGCAAAUGGAAUGAUUCUAUAGUCGAAGUAGCUGCUCCGGAAACGAAUUAUAGCGGCGGGUGCGGAAACUACGUGUGAUUCGUGUCCAGAAAUGUAAUUGAUCACAAAUUUUCGUAUAUUUAUCACGCUCGUCAUUACUUUAAAUAAAUACACGUAAAAUUUCGGGUCCAAGUUUCGUAUUAUAAUUGUAUUUGUAACACGAGAUCACGUGAAUUUGCUCGUUGCCGAGGUUAGAUGUUACACGUCAUUGGCGAAUACUGAAAGACUCGUUCUAUUUUUUUUUUAAAUCUAUAUGUUCGAGAGAAAUUUGUCUGAUUGAAAUUACACAUUCAAAUGUAAAAAUCACAGUGCAAUAAAAAAAUUAAGAUACAAGAAUAAUAGAAGAAUUACCAGUGCGCAAGUUUCAACCCACCAUUCAAAAAAACAAAAAAAAAAUUCUGACAGGCGCAUUUUUUCAGUAACGUUGAGCCAGCAACGCGAUGUAAAUAGAAAAAAAAAUAUUUCUAAUCGGAAAGUCUGUCGCGUUCAACAUUGUUGGCGUGCGCUGGACGUCGCAGAUGUGUCCAGCAAGACUGGAAGUCGCGUGGGAAGCCUAAGAUGUACAUCAAGUACUGUCCCUGCCCGAACACGCCCGAAUAUUCACCUUCGGCCAACCUCGAGUUUAUUUAUAUAUAUUUAUAUUUCUCUGUUUAUUUUAAUGUAGCUAUAGGCUACUAACCUAACUAACCGUCCAUAGUGUUUUAAAGUGUUUUAAUGUAGCUAACCUAACCGACCACUUUUAAUAUUUGAAUUCAUUUUUCCUGCGCAAUAAUAAAACAAAUCCCGAGGUUGGCCGAAGGUGAAUAUUCGGGCGUGUUCGGGCAGGGACAGAGCUUGAUGUACAUCUUAGGGUUCUCAAGUCGCGUCGCCGCCGUCGUGGUAUUGUGGUUCCCGGCGAAGAGCAGUGGAGUCGGCGCGCAGCACGUGAAGCUGCAGUUCAGUGUCGCCCUCUUGAGAACACGCAGCUUUCACCCGCGCAGCAAAUACCUACAUGUAUAAACAGUGGCGUAGCAAGCGGGUGGCAGGCAUGGCCUCCGCCAGGGGCGCCCGAGCAAGGGGUGGGGGGCACUGCUGUGACGGUUCCGCGGUUACUGAACCCUCCCCCCCCCCCUCUUUUAAACCAUGAGGAGGCGCCAUUUUCAAGUCUGGCCAGGGGCGCCAGUCACCUUAGCUACACCACUGUGUAUAAACCAUUUGAUGGUAACAUUUGUUGAAGUGUCCGUCGUUGUACGAGGUUUCUGUGGAGUUAUAGAGCAUAGAAUUUUUGUUUAGGGGGAUGGGGGGAGUUUCAUUCCAAGUCAGAUCAAUAAGUAAUAAAAUUAUGUUAUGAAGUAUUGGAAAGUGGUAAUUUUUUUUUUAAUUUAGAAAUCUCUUGUAUUAGUCAAAUUCAUGCUGUUUUGAAGUUCAAAUGAACAAAGUUUGAUCGAUCUCGGAGUAUAACUACAUUUAAGUAUUUAAAAAACAAACUCACAUACACAUUUAUUUACAUAUAUGUGUCUGUGUUUCUUGCCAUUAAAUAUGUACCGAAAAUUUGACAUACAUCAAUAUUUACAGUAUUUGUUUUAAAAACCAUAAUGUUUGAUUUGGUUUUAACAUUCAUUCGGGGACAAAAAAAUAUGACUGUGCGUGAACACAUUUAAAAGAUUUCACAAAAUAAUUUAGUUACGAAACACUAAAAGAACACUCGAAUAAUAGUACUGCACCAGUGUAACCAUCAUUAAAAAAACAAAAUUCCGAACUUGAUAAAGUCGAGCCCGCGACGCGAUGGAAAUAGAAUGUAUUUCCAGUAGGAAAAUUGUUCGCGCCCGCAAAUUUUGCCACGCUGACGUCACAGAUGUGUCGAACGUCAAUUGGUUAGACCGUUAUUUUAUUCUCGUUGUGUUAUUCCAGCAUUAAUGAGUGUCAGAACGGAGUAGGCAAUCGCACCCCCAUCCUUCUCAGUUAUGAUCUGUGGAAAAACAGAGCAUGUUCAGUUCACUCUAUGCUUCUCAAUGGUAUAUUUUUAAUUCAGAGCAUUAUUUUUUUACGAGUACUAAACCCCUCAAACGCUUAUGAAACUUCCCUGAAAGAAUGAUGAGAAAAUAAAGACUAAUAAGGAAAAAAAACAUAGAUUUCCAUGAAUUGAUACAACUCCCAUUCUAAUGUUCCAGGGCUGUCGGGCACAUAUCGGUGACCGCCCUAAGACAUUUCUCACGAACUAGCAGAUCCCCCUUACAUAUUUUUCCAGGAACUUCGCCGAGAGCACUGACUGGGGCCUUUAAUUACCUAAAUUCUUACCUCCAUGGUUGUAAUAACUUCCAUCAAAUACUUAACAGCUCUGAAGUGUUUUUGCUUGCAUAUACAGUACCACUGCUGAAAACAUUUCCAUGGUAAAAAUCAUCAUCAGGUUAAUUUAUAUAUUCUAUAUUUCUGGAAACAUGAAUUAUUCACUGGGAAAAUCAUUUAACUUCAGGAAACGAAAGAGUUGUUCGUGAUCACCAGAACUAAUAUUAAGUCUCUAUUCUUGUUUGUAACAUUCCAUGUCAAUCACUGCACAGUUUUAAUGGAAGUUCCAAGUUCAAGGUUAGAAUAAUUAUGAAUGCACAGAGAAUAAAUUCACAAAUUAAAUUCAGAAUGUAUUUAUAACUGACAAUAUUUGUGUAAUAUAAAUACUAAACAUUAAUAAGCCUUUUUAAGAUAAUACAUAGCAAAUUAGGAACUGUUUAUAUGUAAUGUUGACAUACAAAAAAUAAAGCUAAUGUAAGCUGUUAUGUAAGCAUAAAGAAAUUUUAUGUACAAAGAUAAUAAAAUGCUGCCUUC